AUGCCAUCCUCACCCGCUACCACCGUCCCUGCUCCAAGGACUCCCAGCAUCACUCCCCGUACUCAUCCUCGCGUUUCUGGGAAUGCAUGCAGACAGCGGCGCCAUGCAGAUGUGUCUGAAGCUUCUCAUCAAGGGGCAGGCUUGGGGGGAGAUGAAAAUGGCGGAGUGCGAAAGAAGGCUAAAUGGUCCCGUUGGUCGGGGUUCACACGGGAAGAAACGUUUGAAGUGCGGAGAGCUGCUGCCAAUGGGUUGGUGGAUGUGAUGGCUUCUGGAAUGGCUGCCGUUCGCCACCUGGAAGAGUUUGUCGCGGUUUCUGCAAUUCAUGUGACUGGAGUGGUGUCAGUGGAAGAAUUGGAGCAACGCCUGAAGGGGGAAGUGGAACGAAUUGUUGAGAAGCAAAGGCGGAGCAGUCAGAAAUUGGCAAAGGAUUUGGAAGGGGCAUAUGCAGAGUGUGCUGCGAUUCUCAAGGAGACACUAGAGAAGGUUGAGAAAGGGUGA